AUGUCGACCGCCACUCCAGCGGUGUUCUUUGCACGUCUUACUACCCGAUUGGGCAACCCGAUGUCUCUAAAGGUCUCACGAAGCAUGAAGGUGCUGAGGGAUGGACGAGCUGUCAUAUGGGAGGCUGCUACGGGUGUCAUUAACGAUGCCACCGGGAACGGUGCCAACGGAGAUGCGGUCUUUGUCCGGCAUACCUCGGUGCCUGACACAAAGGACGGUGGCAUUUCGGUAUGGCUUUCGGAGAUCGACGGGCAAACAAUGGAGAUACUUCAACACAACGGCGAUAACGGCUCGAAAGAGAUGCUGCCCUCAGUGCCGUCCCUUCUAAGCCCAGAAUCGAUGCCAGCCUCAUGCGCUUGUGGCACGGUCAGCUUCCACAUCACCCGCCCCGACGAAAAGAGCUAUGUUCCGCACUCUGGCUACCCCGACCUGCAAUACGCCGCCUGCUCGCACUCUGCUGAGUUCAUGGGCAACGCCAAAAAGGACAAGUGGUGGAUUCGCGCCGACGGGACGAAAUACCUCGCAGGAACCUGUGCAUGCCGCUCCUGCCGCCUCAUCACCGGCUUCGAGAUCCAGACGUGGGCCUUUGUCCCGCGCAGCAACAUCUUCUUCCACGUCCCCAGCCCCGACGGCCGGCAGGCCGUCAUGCCUCUCGACUUUAACGCCCUGCCUUCAGGCAUCCUGCAAACGUACGGCUCCUCUCCCGGUGUCCUUCGGGAGUUCUGUGGAAAAUGCGGUGCGACGGUCUUUUGGCACGACAAAUGGCGUCCCGACGUCAUCGACAUCAGCGUCGGCCUCUUUCGCGCGAAAGAAGGCGCAAGGGCGGAGACAUGGUUGGACUGGUGGACCGAGCGGUGCAGCUUCGAGGAGGAGGCUGAAAGGGGUCGAACAGGAGAAGCCGCGCGCCUCGCACGAAGGCUUGUUGACGGUCUGGAACGUGGCCUGCGCUCAGGGGCAGGGGAAAGUUGA